UCUACCCCCUGUCUAAGUCAUUUUAUAUUUAUAGCCAAAUGUCGUCCACAGAACGCUAUUCCUAAUUUCUCAAUUUAGGACACACUUAACAAAAUACAUUACCCAGAAUAAUAAGUAUCGUGUUCUACAUCCCUUCCUGAGUACAAUCAGUUGUAGUUUUGCAGUUCUGUUAUGCACUGUGCGCUUUGGGAUGUUGCCCAAAUGUUUCAUAGUAGUCGUAUUAUGUUGAAUAGGACAGUCCGUGGUCUGUGCAGAUGCCAGCAUGGAGACAACGUUCCCCACGUUACAGACACGUGACCCUAACCUGGCGCCUGUGUGCAAAGUUUACUUCAUGUCAAUACAAUUACAGGCCGGAAUGAUAGCACGAGGUGGACGUGGGCUUUGGGGGCGAACGAGUUAACUAUUUUUUUCCUCCAAGAUGAACCCAGUCUGUGCAUGCGUGUGUAAACUAGACGGCUUUCGACAAAUGACCCACCGGCACUCCCUCCUCUGGUUUGCUCCAAGAGGCCACAGCGUUGGGCAACAUUAGUGAAACCAGUAAGGUGUUGGAGUAAAGUUACUCCUCGCUUCAGAGAGCCGAAAAAACAUCUAUCCAGUACUUGAGUUGUAGUCAAGAUGGCCAAACAGGUCGUUCUGCUUCUAUGCCUCGGGCUGGUCAGUUUGGUCGUGGGGCAGCACGUGCGUAACGGAGUCGGCCCAUGGACGCAGAGGAUCCAGUGGGAAAACAACGGGCAUGUGUACCGUUUAUUGAGUACAGGCAGUGAGUACCACUCACCCUUACACUCCAGGAGGGAGUCCCGUGUGUACCUGAGCAGCAGAACCCAGUCGACCAGCCCGUUUUCUCCUGGAGACGCGCGAGACGCAUCGGCGCACUUUCGCGUAACGGCAACGCGAUCCGGUGCCAGCGGAACAGCGUCGACGUUCACCGGACCAGACGGCCGACACUACCGGACGGCCGUCACACCUCCACGGCAGCGAGGCGCGGGGGCACCGGGUGCACGACGUUACAGCGCAUCGAACGCCACGAAUUUGGCGCACCAAUCAGAAUACUCUGGGAGCGGCGUCCAGAGAAGAACAACACCGCCCGCAGAGGAGGGUAACAGCGCGAACCGAGUUGUCGGCUUGUCCAGCACACACGUCCAAGUUUUGCAACCGGAGCGCACAGUGCCCGCAAACUUGGAGAGCGCAAACGCGCAACAGUUCUAUCCCGAUCCGACGAUCGCCUUGGAGCAGAGAGUCGGUGAUGUCUUCGCUACAGCGCCGGGUCCGCUCGGAGCAAACGAGGAAGAAGCGACACCCGACAACAUGUUCGGCGACGACCCUCGGAACCCACUGAAAAACCACAGGAAUACCGUUUUCUACAACGUGUAUCCUUCUCGUUCUGUUACCGCGCGCACGCGCCGUCCUCAACCGGGAACUGGAUUCGGCACGAGAUACUUUCACAACGGUCUCCCGGACCUCGUGCCAGAUGCUUACUCCAUCCAAGCUGGAGCUUAUGUCCAGCGCAUGCAGAUGUAUGCGCUCCGGUGUGCGGCUGAGGAGAACUGUCUCGCGCGGUCAGCUUAUAGACCAGCAGUUAGAGACCUGGACUUCAGGGUUCUGCUACGCUUCCCUCAGAAGGUUCGAAACCUCGGCACAGCGGACUUCCUGCCUGUUAAACCACGACACCAGUGGGAAUGGCACAGCUGUCAUCAGCAUUACCACAGCAUGGAUGCCUUCAGCCUCUAUGAUCUACUAGAUGUGAACACUGGCCGUAAGGUGGCAGAGGGACACAAAGCCAGCUUCUGUUUGGAGGACACUGGCUGUAGCCCAGGCUUCCGCCGUCGCUAUGCUUGCACUGCACACACACAGGGAUUGAGUCCUGGUUGCCAUGACACCUACGCUGCUAACAUCGAUUGCCAGUGGAUCGACAUCACAGAUGUUGCUCCUGGUAACUACAUCCUAAAGGUUACAGUUAAUCCAAACUACCUGGUUCCUGAGUCUGAUUUCUCCAACAAUGUGGUGCGCUGUGAGGUUUUCUACAGUGGUCAACACGUCCAGAUGCGAAAUUGCAGAAUAAGCAGGAACUAAAACCUUGGACAUGUUAGAAAAUCUUUCCUGCACAUUUCUCAUUUGUUUUGUAAGUCAGCAGUUUAUACUGCAUUUUCUGCAUUGAAAUAUUGUUUAAAAUUAUAUGAAAUAUAAUUUUAUAAUGGUGCUGUAUAUGUGAUAUUUGCUUGAAUAUUUCUUCUUCCAGUUUUAGUUUAAUAGGAUAUUGUUUGCAGUAUUGGAGUACAAGAAAUUUUUAUAAUACAUUUAAUUUAUAGCUUGUUGUUAUGAACGUGUGCUUUGUGUUGUGUAAAGACAAUUGCUUUUGAAUUUAUUGUAUUUAUUACAUAGGAAAAUGUAUGGCAUUCCUCCAUAUUUUUUUUUCUUUGAAGACCCAAAUAUGUUUUCUUUCUUUUUCUACUUCUGUGUUGAAUUUUGGUGACUCCAGAGUAGACCACUAGCAACGGUAACUACAUCAAGUAUUUCAUUCAUGUUGCGUAAGAAUGCAAGGAGGCAUCCAAAAAAAAAAAAAAAAAACAUGUCUGACUGCGUGUAACGUCCCAGAACUUUCCUUUUUUACAAGAGACAUUCCAUGGCUGCGGCUGUUUCCCUGCAACACAAUAAACAUCACAGAAUCUAACACA